AAUAGAUAAAACAACGACUGGUGCCAUGUGUUUGUUAUUGAUGUGAAAUUUGUUUUCCCAAGUACCUGCAUUUGCAUCUUGGUUCAAACUCGAUUAAAAAACUUAGUUGUUAAUCCGUGCCUUACUCGCAGGUGCCAUGGGUAAACUAAACGUGUCUAUGCUUCGUUAUUUAACGCGGGAAGACUUCCGCGUCUUGACGGCUAUUGAAAUGGGCAUGAAGAACCACGAGCUCGUGCCGGGUUCGUUGGCCGCUUCGAUUGCAAAUUUACACCACGGCGGCGUUCAUAAAAUCUUAAAAGAACUUUGCAAACAUAGACUGUUGUCGUACGAGAGAGGCAAACAUUACGACGGUUAUAGAUUGACCAAUACCGGUUACGAUUACUUGGCGCUCAAAACUCUUUCUUCUCGUCAAAUACUAUCGUCGUUUGGCAAUCAAAUCGGCGUCGGAAAAGAAUCAAACAUAUACGUUGUCGCUGAUGCUGACGAUAAACCCGUUUGUCUAAAACUGCACAGAUUGGGAAGAACGUGUUUUCGAAAUUUGAAAGAAAAAAGAGAUUAUCAUGCUCACCGUCACAAGGUCGGCUGGCUGUAUUUGUCGAGAAUUUCGGCUACUAAAGAGUUUGCCUAUAUGACGGCAUUAGCUAAAAGAGAUUUUCCUGUCCCUAAGCCCAUCGAAGUUAAUCGACACUGUGUAGUCAUGGAGUUGGUCAACGGAUAUCCCUUAUGUCGACUUUAUGAAGUCGACGAUGUUGAAAAUCUAUACGACGAACUGAUGAAUUUGAUAGUACGCCUCGGUCAACACGGAGUUAUACACGGAGACUUUAACGAAUUCAAUAUCAUGAUAAACGACGAACAAAAGCCAAUCAUUAUUGAUUUUCCACAAAUGAUGUCCGUUUCUCAUCCUAAUGCACAAACGUAUUUCGAACGAGACGUUAACUGUGUGAAAGGAUUUUUCAAAAAAAGAUUCAACUAUGAAAGUCAUUUGUUUCCGACGUUUGAAGACGUCUCUGUUAGAGAAGAGUUUAUAGACGUCGAGGUGUCGGCUAGUGGUUUUACAAAAAACAUGGAUCAGCUACUUCUAAACGAAAUGGGCCUCGUCGACGAUAUCGAAGACGAAGAAGAAGAAAACGAUACUUACGAAAACGAGAAAGACGAAAUUGAACAUUUGGCCGAACAAGUGGCGGAACUAAUGAAAGAAGAAGAAUUGUUGGCCGCCAUUAAAACCACCAAUGUGAUAUCACCGGUGGAAAAACAACUGGACGUGCCCAAGUCGGACGAUUCCGAAGAAUACGUAUCCCUUAGCGACAACGACGAUUGUGAAAGCGUCGCUUCUUCCAAAGUAUGCUAUUCCGAUAUCCACAGCGUCCGUAGUGUGACGACGUCAACUACGAUACCGCCAGAAGUAAUCCGAGACAGAAUGAAAAAGUCGUUGGAAAAGAGAAACAGGGCUGCCGCACGGCACAGAUGUUUAGCCAAAGGCGAAGCCAGCGCUGUCGCCCGCCAAAGGAGAGACAACCGAGACACUAUUAAAGACAGUUCUGGAAUUUGGGGUUAAACGAAAACGAUAGCAAUGUUAUUGAAAUAUUUUUGUUUUUAAGUAUAUAGCUAAUAUAAAAUAUGUAUUAAGUCUUAUUCGGUGGU